AUGGGUGUACCAUCUGGUGGGGAUGAUCGAAGAACCAGAACAAGAAAGACAACAGGCCAAGUAUUGUGGUUUAGUGCAACGCGUGGCUAUGGCUUCAUAAGGAGAACAGACACUAAGAGAACCAUAUACGUUCACUAUACAGGCAUUCAGAAAACUCAUCGGAACAAGUACUUCCGAAGCCUAGGAAGCGGGGAAUGGGUCGAAUUUGAAGUGACCAAUGGAAAAAGGGGCGUAAAGGCCAUCAACGUCACAGGUCCUGAUGGUGUUCCAGUGCAAGGCAACAGACAUGCCACAGAGAGUUACCAGUAUUGGCGCUAUCCACGUUAUAGAAAGCCUACACUCUACUAUCAGCCUGAUUACUGGUGCAGCAGAAGCAGAGAGGAACUAAAAGACGGUGAUAGUGAGACCGGUAGGCCUAACACAGAUACUCCGCAAUCUGACCAGAUGCCCCGACCACCAGAACCUGAAGUCCCAAAACAAAGAGAACUGCUGGAAACAAGUGAGAGACCAGUUGUGAAGGGUCAGAGUGAGACAGUGCAACAGUGCCUUCAAAAAGUGAUUAAGCCUCAGUUUCCUCCUCAACCAAAGCGGGAGUACAUCCCAAGAAGCAAAGACGUGGGUUACCGUGCAGCGAAUCUCGAGCACACAGAUGCCAGUGUGACCGACCAGAAAAGGGGCACUGAAGCAGUGGGCCACAAGGCAGUGACAAAGAUAGUGGAGCCCUUGAAAUCCAAAAGCCUAGAACUAGCUAUACCACCAUCUGAACCAAAGACCACGAUAGAGAUCCCAAAGGCAGCUGAGAAGUCCGAGAUCUGUUCCACUGAAGUGAAGCCUGUAACCAACAGUGAGUACACAACUAUAACGGGAGAAGAAUUCGCCUUCAGGAUACAGCAGGCUAUACAAAGAUCAAUGAGACGUGACAAAGGUGUCCCACGUGCUCCUUGCAGAUUGCACGCCAUGAUAUAA